GCACAGUAGACAGAGGGUCUGCUGUGUCCACAGUGGUCGCAGCUGACCAGUUGCUGGUGAGCAGCUGACCUGACCGGACUGGGACAGACGGACCGCAGCCGCUCCGCUGCACUUUGGAAUUAAACCCCAGACGGGCUCCAGCCUCGGACUCUCCCGCGAACCAGACGGAAAAAGCGAAGAGGACAACACAGAUCAGCACUGGUGGUUUUGACACUGUCUGGUGUUUGGACAGGAUGGUGAAGCAGCGACGCGUCAGAGCGCAUUCCGGCUGCGCAGCUGUUGCGCCUCUUUGUUGCAGAAGGGGACCACCGAAGACGCUGACCGAGCCGGCCAUCUUUGCCAGGGAGGCCAGUUGUGACUGCCGCGCCCCUCAUGAGAAACUCACCAUUGCUCAGGCCCGUAGAGGGACCCCAGUGGACCGACCGGUCAGAGUCUACGCAGACGGCAUCUUUGACCUGUUCCACUCUGGGCAUGCUCGUGCUCUCAUGCAGGCCAAGAACCUCUUCCCCAACACCUACCUUAUAGUUGGAGUGUGCAGUGAUGAGCUGACCCAUAAGUACAAGGGUUUCACCGUCAUGACGGAGUACGAACGGUACGAAGCGCUGAGACACUGUCGCUACGUCGACGAGGUUUUGAGAGACGCACCCUGGACUCUCACACCCGAGUUCCUGGAGAAACACAAGAUCGAUUUUGUGGCUCAUGAUGAUAUCCCAUACUCCUCAGCAGGAAGCGAGGAUGUUUAUAAACACAUCAAGGAGGCAGGGAUGUUCGUGCCGACACAGAGGACAGAGGGAAUCUCAACGUCUGACAUAAUCACCAGGAUUGUCCGAGACUAUGACGUCUACGCCCGACGAAACCUGCAACGUGGCUACACGGCCAAGGAGCUCAACGUCAGUUACAUCAAUGAGAAAAAGUACCGACUGCAGAACCAGGUGGAUCGCAUGAAGGAGAAGGUUCGCACCGUUGAGGAGAAGAGUAAACACUUCGUUUACCGUGUGGAGGAGAAGAGUCACGACCUCAUCCAGAAGUGGGAGGAGAAAUCCAGAGAAUUCAUCGGUAACUUCUUAGAACUUUUUGGACCAGAUGGAACUUGGAAACAGGUGUUCCAGGAACGCAGCGGCCGAAUGCUGUCCUACGCUCUGUCCCCCAGGGGGUCGCCCUGCAACAGCCCCCCCCGCGAACUGUCCCCCCUUCGCUCGCCCUCGCCCCCGUCUCCCCCCUUACGCUGGCACAGCGCACGGCCCUCGCCCCCGAACUCCCCGAAAGGAGCGUCGGCGUCCAUAAGCAGCAUGAGUGAAGGUGAUGAAGAUGAGAAGUAGAUGGACUGCUGAACACACUCCCAUGCACACGCACACAAACACUUCACUCCUGAGAACUGCUCACACACACACACACACACACACACAGACACACAGUAACCCACUAACACAAACACAUCUAUACUCUACACUAGAAACACUGGCUGCACAGGGUGGUCAUGGGAGAUGUGGUUCUGAACUGCAGAGCUAAGAAGCCAUCACUAUCUCUGUUGUCUGGGCAACCAAGGAGACAGAAGGAAGACGAAGAAAGAAGGAGCAGAGGAUAUAUGUACACACAUAUCAAGGCCCAGAAUCCUUUGCAGCACCUUUUGAAGAGGAUUUGCUUUGGAUUGGCCAGCACUGAUAGAGACAAACAAUGGCCUGCUCAUAAUAUCCCUUCACUGCUUUUGUCAUGUUCUGUUUAGUUUAGUGUUUGCUUAGGAAGAUGCAGAGAAAGACGUCUUUUGUAACUGCUGUUAUCACCGGAUGUGAAAAGGCACAAAGUUACACAAUCUCUGUGUCUGACAUUCAGGCGAACAGGUCACGUGAAGUGACGGGAACUGGAUUCAUUCAUCACUGUGUAACUUUGUGCUCGUUGAACUCGGAGUUUAGGGAUUAAUGAAAAAGUUGACGCAGCCCCUAGAAUAGCAGAGAAGCGGAGAACCUGUUGACACACGGACACAUAGUUAGUGCUUGUUUGCAGCAUUUCACACGGUGGCUGAGACGUCUCACACAAGCACAUUAAGGGGAAACACAAAUGCAAAAGCCACAACACAAAUACAAAAGCCACACAAAGGAAGUGAGCGACAACAGAUGUUGACAAUGAAACAAGCAGAGUUGCUUAACGCGGUCAAGUCGUCGCUUGUCUGCCGCCGCUUAAAAUGUGAUGCUGGUCCAUCUGAGGAGUUACGGUUCGGGUGCUUGACUUUUCGCAGUUGUGUUUUCUGCUCAUGUGAUUGUGUGAUACGUCUCGGCCACCGUAACUUCAUCAUAAAUGCUGGGUAAAAGAACUCGUGGAUUUUAUGUAAUGUAACAAAAGUGAUUCACAAUAUUAAAUACCCUUGAUUUAUUUAUUCCCACGCAGCAAUAUGGAUCAGUGAACUGCACCUAAUCUGUGAAAUGCCUGUUAGUUAGUCUCACUGGGUUGUGAUCAGGCAGAAGAAACAGUAGCUUCUUGAAUGUAAACAGUCAUUGAGACCACACACCGAAAGAAUAAAUAGAAUCUCAUUUGUACCCACAUGCUUCCUCCACACCACAGCCACUCACACUCAUCAUGAAUUGCAGUAACUUCAUAGAGACACACUCUUUCUCCAUAGUAUUUUUUGGACAAUUUUCCAUCUUCUAGCAGUCAAUGUUUAGCAGGCAUUUCGUCGCUCUUUGGAAUAUGAUGUCAGCUGUGAAAUAAAAACUGGCGAACCUGGAGAAGCAGCCUUUCCUCCAGAACUCUGACAAUACUUGAAAUAUUCAAUAUUUGAAGCCCUCCAGGUGAACUGAAGCUGGAGCCUCACCCCGAGUGUUUUCUUUUGCUGUAUGAACGACCCCCUAUACUCUGGUCUGUAUCAGAGCAGACUUCUCUUCCUCUUUAACAAUACAAUACAAUACAAUACCCUCAUGCAAUGUAGAGAACUUACUGUCCUGUACGCACUACAUGUUAAUCUGCACUAUAUGUACAAACUUUGAGAAUGUGUCUUUUUUUAUCUUUUAAAUUUUAAUGUUCAAACAGCUUGAUAUGUAAAUAAAACAAAAGCGUACAACUGCA